GUGAUACUGGAACCACCCAUGUUUUUGUUUUCAUAAAUGGUGGCGCACACUACUUAAAUAAUGGAUGCGUUCUCGUUGUAUUCUUCUGUUAUUAGGUAUUUAGAACGUGAUUCAUUUCUGUCACGAGUUAAAAGCCGUCUAAUAAAAACAUUAUGUGAAAAGAGACGUCCUGUGUCCAUUGUGCCUAUACAUCUUCGUCUUCAUGAAUUGGUGGAGUUUCUAGGAUCUUCUGUGAUUGAAAUGAUCAACCGGGUCUCCACUCUCGAAAAGAUGCUUCAGAAGAUAAUAUUUUGCCUCGCAAUCGAAGCUGACAUACUUUGUGAAGAUGACGACAUGAAUUAUAUACUCCUUGAAUUAAAAUUCACCGAUAUAUUGUGCAUUCCAGAAUUACAUUUUAAAAAUGUAUCACUUACAUUUGACCGCCUGACUUUCAUAGAAGGAGUUGUUAUAGGAAUAACACCAAUUUAUAUGACCACUAAUGCGAUCAUAUAUUCAUGUCAGGACAGCUUAUGUCCAGGAAAAAAUGCUUUCCUCGUUCAACAUGAAACUUGUAUGCCGAAAGUUAGAAAUAAGCCUCGGUGUAAAUAUUGCAAUAAAGAAGGGAAAGAAGAGAUAGAAAAGAGAUCAUUCUCAGAAACAGUAGAAUUUCUCUUACUUCCAAGACAGGACAAAGAAACAGGGACCAUUCUAGAUCGAUUCAGAGUCAAAAGAAGCAUCAGGUGCUUUGUGCUUGGUAAACUGAUUCACAAACUUUCGUUUGGAAGGAGAUGCUUUGUUUCAGGUGUUCCAUUUCUAAACAAAGCUGGUCAAUCGUAUCAAUGGCAGUUUAAAGUUUAUGGUAUUGUAGACAUUACAGUGAAUCCCAUAGACCCAUGGAAAUGUGCACUGAGUACAGUUGUCAAAAGUUUACCUAGCUAUGUUCCUGCAUACGAAUUCGGGAUUGCAUUUACAUUUGCAUUCAUGUUUUUAGACAAUAUCACCAAACCGGGCACCUUUUUCUUGUUAAAAUGGUUGCUACUUUUACUCCUGACCCAGAAUGAAUUUACAGAACCAAGCAACGAAGGAACUUCAUUCUCACGAAGUUCAUCUAGGCCUCCAGCUCUACUUUUGUUAGGAUCCUUGGGUGAUAGUAUAUCAAAUAAAAUACUAAGAACUGCAGGACAAUAUGCCAAACCUUUUUGUGAACACAAAUCUAGUGGGAGUUUACUACCAACAUCUUUAGAAAUGGACUCAACCGGAUCUAAGAAACCUAACAUGAAAUGUCUAAAAAAGACAGCACAGCAGAAAAAUACCAAAACCAUAGAAUUAGACAAGACAUGUUCAAAUGGUGAGAACAUAGUUAUGUGUGGAACUAUAGAACUGGCGUCUGGAGGGAUAGCUUUCUUCCCGAAUUUGGAACUUUAUAAAAAGAAAGAAUUGACCAAUCUUAUAUAUGCUUUAGAGAAUAUGGCUGUCAGUACUUCGUUUGUACAGCAUGAAAAUAAAUCACCUUCUAAUCGUGAAAUCACUGAUGAAUUACCCUAUCCAAAUGAAACAACUAUCUGGGCUACUGCUGAGAUCACUUCAGCCUAUAGAGAAAAGCUUAAAAAACCUACUUUUAAAUUUUCGCAAACUGAUUUAUUUGACACAGAACCUUCUACACAAGCAACAACAGCGACAAAAUGGACAUGUAGUUCUUUAUUAAGAAAAGGAAAUUUAAAGAGAAUUACUCAUGCUUUCGAUCUCGUUAUUUAUACUGAAGAAGUUGCUGGGCCGAUGGAACUCAUGGACGAAUCACUGUCCGAUUUAUGCUUAACAAUGGCUGACAAAUCCAGUUUGGAAGAAUAUUCGUCAAGAUUACCUUCACAUUCAUAUAUGAGAAUAUACACAAGCCUUUUAGAUGCUUGCAAAAAUUCGCCUCCGGUGAAGAUUGAAGACGAUGCCAGCCAAUUAUUGAAAGUUUAUUAUUUAGCAAUGAGGCGUUCGUCCGUCGGCGAUCAACAGACAGCUCCAGCUUCUGCACUGCCUACACUAUUUAAACUAGCUAAAGCUAAUGCUAAAAUUAAUGGACGCAUUGUUGCUACUGAAGUUGAUUCUACUAUUGCAAUCUAUAUCUACGAUACUUUUAUUGAGUUCCAAACAGGUACAAGCUAUCUUGGAUUGAAACCGUUACAUUAUGUUUCAGGAAUGGAGCAAACAUCGAUGGAAGAGCUAAAUAGUACGUUGAUAUCAAUAAACAAGCAACUAAAGGAUUUGAUAAAUGUUGCCAUGGACGAACUGUAAUCGAUAUUUUGUUUUACAAUGUUCUACAUGUCGUUAUGAAAUAUAUAAU